AAUUGCUACUGCCAAAAACCACACAGAAAAAGAGCAAUGGAGUCUGCUAAAGCAAAAAUCAAUGGCCACCAAAAUGUCAUUGUGAUGCGUCACGGUGAUCGAGCUGACAAACGCGAGCCACUUUGGGUCGUAACCGCCGUGAGACCGUGGGAUCCUCCGCUCGUUCACGAGGGUAAAGUUCAAGCCUUUCAAACCGGUCAAAGAAUCCGAUCUGAGGUUGGGUUUCCGAUUCACCGAGUCAUUGUUUCUCCUUUCCUCCGCUGCAUACAGACUGCUGCCGAAGUCGUCGCCGCUCUCUCAGCUGUUGAUCUCGAUCACAACGCUGUGUCUUCUAAAGAUGUGCCUUCCAUCGAUAACUCUAAGCUCAAGGUAGCUAUUGAAUUUGGAUUGUGCGAGAUGCUGAACACAGGGGCUAUUAAGAAUAAGGUUGCUCCCAAAGAUGGGAAGUUUGAUUUCAAGAUUUCGGAACUACAAGCUAUGUUUCCUGAGGGAACAAUUGACAUUAAUGUGGAUAUGGCUUGUAAAGAGUUGCCACAAUGGGAAGAAUCUGCGGAAUACUUUAGAGAACGAUAUGUUACUACAUUGAAGGUUCUUGCAGACAAGUAUCCUUCUGAAAAUUUGUUAUUAGUUACUCAUUGGGCUGGAGUAGGUACUAUACUUUGCAAAUACUUCAAAGAUGCAACUAAGUACUUAGUAGAUUAUUGUGGUUCUGUUGAACUGAGAAGGCAGGUUUCCAAAAGUAAUGUAUCUGAGGAAUUUGAGGUGGUUACUAGUCAUGGUGUAGCUUUCAAGGACAACAAAGCCCCAAUCCAUGGUCCUGUUAUAACCUAAUCUUCGAUUUAUCCGGUUUUGUAUAUGAAUAUUUGGUUUCACGGGUUUGAUUCAAUAUAAUAACAUUAUAUAAACACGUAAAAAAUCAAACAUAUGAAAGGGUUUUAUUUGUAUUGUAUUUGUAUUGUGUAAGCACGAGCAUUGCCAUUAGACAAGAAACAUGUGAUCUAAUGGUAUAUAUAUAUAUAUAUAUAUAUAUAUUUUUCCCAUCUGUCUUUUAAUAAAUUUCCACAUUUCAACUCACGUUCCAUGUU